AUGAAAGCAGUCCACCAGGUCCCACCGGGGCUCGGAGCUCGGAAUGGCUGCUUCUUCGCUAUCAUUUACGCAAUCCUUCACACUAGCUCCUAUACUGACAAGUAUCUGGCCUGUUCCCCAAGCAAGUACUACACGGACUUGGAGACAAAUUGGUUCGGGCUUGGUAUUGUGGCCACAGCACCCAUGUCUCUUCUCGUCCCGUUCUCAUCCACGACACUGCGCAAAAGAUACUAUGAGGUAUUCCUCAGGAUACACAUCCUAUCUGGCAUUGUCAUCGUCUACGCCUUGUGCAAACACAUCUCCAGGUUUGGCACAGAAUAUACCAUGCACCUUUGGCCCGUUGUCCCCCUCUGGGCUCUUGACCGCCUCCCCCGCAUCGCCCGCCUUGCGAGCUGCAACAUGCGCGCGCAGAGCGGGAGACUGACUCCUUCCCACGCGCAGAAGCAGAGUCACAUACAGCCCGAAAGGCGACGUGCCCCGCAUCAGGAUUUAGCUAUCGGCACUUCCGAUUAG